AUGCCGAGCAAGCUCUCGAUCCUGGUGUAUAUCGCCUCACCCCUCGACUACGCGCGAUACAGACACGCAGCGCUGUACUUGGAAUACGAAACUGCUCGCACGGCUUCGGGGACCGAGGGCAAUUCCAAGUCCAAGUCCGACGACUCAAUUCCAAACACAGAAAAUGAUCUCAAGUCUUCGGUGAUGGAGGUGGUCGGGUCACCGGGGAAUUUUAUGUUUUAUGAGCGAUUGAAUACUUCGCCCGUUCCGGCUAUUGGUCUUGCAAAGUCUGUCUUUGUUGCUUCCAUCCCGGACAGUGUACCAGUGUCCUCGUUGCGGACGACGAUAUCGGGCACCCCGGUCGCGGAUCAAGAAAGUGACUGGAAUAGCCAGAAUUGGGUCGGCGAUGCCCUAGGGCGAUUGGUCACCGCAGGCUAUCUAGAUGCCGCGGACAAGGAUCGGGGAUUGGACGAUAUGGUGGAUGUUAUACUAGAGGCGAGGGAUGAGGAGGUUGCCUAG